UAGCGUUUUCUCUGUGUAAUCAUGUCUGAAAACUAUUCGACAGGAGAAGCAGGGGGCGUAGAGAUUCCUGAGGGAGCAAUUCGCAAAUUGUCGGAGCUGAGAGUCAUUGACUUGAAAGCAGAAUUAAAAAAACGAAAUCUGGACGCCACCGGCAUCAAGAGUACGCUGACAGAGAGGCUGAAAAAGGUAACGUUAGCCAUGCUAACUAGUAGCUAGCUGUGUUUAUGCAUCAUGAUAAUUCAAAAAUGAACUGGAACCAAUGUCACGGUAUUAGUUAACGUUAGUUGCAUGAUGUAUAUAACCACUAGAAUUAGCUAGCUAACUAAAUUGUGUAUUUAUUUCAAAUAAAUUAAAUUAACAUCUGCUAGCCAUGGCCUUGCGUAGCCGAACGGCAAGGCCUUUGUGAGCGGGCGCGGUAGCCACAUGGUGCGCUUUCCAAAAACCUAUCCUCGAGCCCCCCCACUCCGUAUUCUAGAACUAACUAGUUAGUAUACCCAAUUCAACUAAUGAAAGCCUUAGUGAUUAGUUGGCCAUUUGAAUCAGAUGUGUUAGUACUAAAAUACAUCGAAUAAGCUGAAAGGUUGUAGCCACUGGAGGAGAGGUUAGAGAAACGCUGCUCCUAGGCCUGCUCCUAGGCCUGCAAGCUUGCUUUCCGGGUCAGAUGUUUAUGUAAGUCAUAAUUUCCACUAACUAGCACUGUGUUGUAGCUGACCACAUAUUCGUGUGUUAGAUAAUAGUCAAGUUGGCUAAACUCCUUAAACCAGAUAUAACGUAGUUAGCUAGCUAGCCAGGUAACUAUAAUAAUUCAGUAUGUCAAUUUCUCCACAGGCUAUUGAAGAGGAGGGUGGAAACCCAGAUGAGAUAGCGGUUGUUCUCGAUGCAACUCCUAAGGCGGCACUGGCCAAACGGACCUCCAAAGGUAUGUUAAGGGAGUGAGAGCAAGGUCAUAAGUAAGCAAUGAUGUCUUGGAGUAAUUUUAUAUUAAAAUUUUACCCCCUUCUCCCCAAUUUCGUGAUAUCCAAUUGCAUUCCAAUUACGAUCUUGUCUGCAGGGAAAAGACAUGAGAACGAUGAAUCAGAGGACUGCACCAUUGAGGAAGAUUCGGGUGAUGGCCAGGUGAGUGUCUACCAUUGAAUCACCUGGUUUUAUCUAAUGCAAUCACUAUGCGCUACCUGGAUAACAAUCUGUUAAUAAAUUCACCUCCUAUAAUUCCAUUCAAGGAUGACAACAUGCAGGACAUGGACAUCCUGGAUAUGAAUGUGCUUGAUGAGGCUGAGAAUGACAACAGUAUGCCAGCCGAGGAGGAGUACGACACAGAUGAAGUCCUGAACUCUCCAUCGGAUGAAGUCAACCCCGAGAUCCUGGCUGAUGAAGAGGCCAUGAACGAAGAUGAACACAAUGGAGUCUCUGGCUCUCCUGAGCCAAUGAGUGAAGCCAAACCUGAAGAGGUGAGACAAACUCACUGCUAUUGUGGCACAGUCAUAUCUAAUGAUUCCAAUGUUCUCCCACUUGUUUUUUUCUCUUUUUUAAAACUAGGAGGCACAGCCUGAAUUAGCAGACAUUGAAGAGAAGGAAGAUCUAAUUUGCCCAUUACCUAAAGUGUUAUAGUUGAACUAAAAUGCAAGCAGCAUUUCAUAAUCAUUUGUGUGUAGUUGGAAGGAAAACAGACUGUAAAACCCCAAUUGUGUUAGGUACUGAGCCAUGUUACACUAGAUACAUUUUCCUUUUAUUCCCUUAGGUUCAAGAGAAGGAUCUGGAGCCCAAAGACUCAAAGGAAGAAAUAGGUACUGUUGAAAAGGGGUUGGAAGUUGAUAUGAAUGCACACUCUUUUUGCAGUGUUAAACUCGGUAUGCAAGUCCUUUUAGAUUAACAUUCAUGCCUGUGGUUGGUCAGGAAGAGACUGGAAAUCCAAAGAUAAUUGCUGACUGUGUGUUGACGCUUGUUAACUAGAAUUGUUAAAUACUGAUAAAUUAAUCUGUCUAUUUUGGGCACCCUCCUAUUAUUAACACAGAACUGGUUAACAAUCUGAAGCACAAAGCCAGUAAUUAAAGGUUUAGUUGUUGCAGUUAACAGUGUUUUUAGGUUGCCACGCAAAGACCAAGAAGAGAAGACUGAGGCCCAUCAUUUGAAACCAACCAUUCAAAAGCCUUUUUAGGACUCUGACUAAUAUUCUCACUGGAGAUGAGACUAAUGGACUUGUUAUACAAACCAAAAGAAAUCUGAAUUCGCUGUCACUUACCAGAUUAUGGACACUCAUGAAGUCAGCAAUUGCAUGAAGAUGGACCUUCAUGGAGCCUCUGCUGAUCUUGUGGCUUUCUUCAGAUCAGAUCAUUUUCUGCCUAGGGAUCAGGUGAACUGAAAUGGUCGACUUGAAUGAGGAGUUAGGCUGCUUGGUCAGUCUCUUUGGUUUUUCCAGUCUCUUGUUACGUGUGUAUCUGUGUAUACGUAGUUCAAUGACAGCGGAGGGCCACGUCCUUUUCCAGCCUUGCCAGUUCCACGUUAACCAUUGCUGUGUUUCAGAAGUAAUUAAACUCUGUGCCAUUCUAUUCCUGUUAAAUCCGUAGAAAAUGAGAAAGUAGCCGGGUCUUGUUUAUCUGAGCCGCUAAAUGAAGAGCGCCAGGAGCCACCGACAGAAGAUCAAGCCACCAUCGGGGACACGGUCAAUGUUGCCGAGGAAGACGAUGUGUGCAACACCACUAAAGCCAAGGAGGCCAUCAAUUUGGAGCCUGAACUGUCGACUAGCGACAUGGACGUUGCUAAGCUAACUGCGAGUGAAACGAAAGACACUGAGGACACUCAAAAUGUCCCAGAAGAGGCAGUUGACGCUGAAAGCGAGAGCACUCGGGCUGUUAGCGUAAGCGAGCAGGGCGCGGGUGAAACCGAAAUCGCUGUUGAUUCGGAAAUGGUCUCUAAAGCUGAGGGUGAGGAGGAAGAGAAGAAGACUGAAGAGAAUGCUGCAGAAUCAACGGCAGUGAAAGAGUCCUCUUCUGUUGAGGGCGAUGAUCAGAAAAAGAGGUUUGUUGUUUUCUGUCUACUAGAACAAUGGCUAUCUCUGUUGCAUUGGCUCCUAUUUUAGCAAGUUUUGGUGCUCUUCUGGAGGUAAAAUGGUCUGCAUUUGUCAAGUUAUCAUUUUGUCAUUCCCCACCCCUACCUCACCUCUUUACCAUCAUAAAGUAAUGUAUUGGGAGUUUCUUUGGCCAUGUAAGGCAGCCUUGUAACAUUGACACACACCCAAAUCACUGUAAUUUUGUAUAUGCUGGGGUUAAUUACUGUGUGCACAGGGUAAGUAUGAUUCAUCUGGAUGAGAGCCCCCUCCCCCCAGGUCUUCUCACUUCCAAAUAUUCAUUGUGUGUUCUCUUUGUCUUUAGUUCUGAUGAGGAAAAAGGUAGCAAGCCUGACUCAAAAGAUGAAAAGGGUAAGUGUAAACAUUGUUCAUCCUGUAUCAUUCCGUAAUUGGGAUGUGAUGUGAGUGCGUCUUUUGCAAUUUCCUACAAUGGCCACAUCUGAAUGAGGUGCUGAAUCAGCUCUGAGUUGAAUGUCUGUGUACAUUUGGCUCAUGUUUGGCUGUGUUCUGAAAGCCCCUACAGGUAGCGCUCCAGCUAGUAGUGGCAGAAACCUGUGGGUUAGCGGCCUCUCCUCCACCACCAGAGCGACUGAUCUAAAGACUCUGUUCAGCAAGUAUGGAAAGGUCAGUAUCCUGAGGAAAAAAUAACCACCCCUUUUUUGGUGUAUAUGUUCAUGCAUGAAUGUAAUUGAGCAAGAUUUAGGUGUGAAAUGGUACUUUCGGACCCCACAUACACAUUUUCACUGCCCAUGAAUUAAGUGUCCUAUCCUUCUCCGUCUCAACAUCAGGUUGUUGGAGCUAAAGUGGUGACUAAUGCCCGGAGCCCCGGGGCUCGCUGCUACGGUUUUGUCACCAUGUGUUCCACGGAGGAGGCCACCAAGUGCAUCAGCCACCUGCACAGGACCGAGCUCCACGGUAGAAUGAUCUCUGUGGAGAGGGUGAGGGUCAUUAUCUACCAUCUUCUAUAUCAGUGGCCUCUUAGACCACCUGUAGUUUUAUCAAAUGUAUGGGAUGCCUUCAUUCAGAGAAGUGAGGAUUGACCAUUACAGACCGGCCAACCUGCACGCUUUAGGUGUACCAUGCACGCAAUUUGAGGUCAAAGUAAGCUGGUACAAAAAACUCCCCAAAAUAGGCUUCUAGUUGGCACAUUGUGGUUUUUGACUCAAGUGUCUGAAGUUGGAGCUGAGCCAAUCAGACGACUUGGGCGAGGAGAGAGAAUCUCUAGCUCUCCGCUCCGGCCUGCCCUGUAGUCUUAGUACUAUUUCCCUCCCUCGUGCUGGAUGGCCACUUUCCACUUCGUCUGUUGAUACCACUGAUGUGUGAGUAAAAGGGGUAGGGAAAAUGGAGAACCAACUGUUUGCCAAAUACAGAAUUGUAUGUAUUAGUCAAGUGCACAACCACUUAUUUUGUGCAGUGUUGCGGUAGUUCAGUGCGUGUCGCUCUGUGGAUGGAACAGAAAUGGCAGAGCUGUUCUGCUAAUACCGUCCUUCACAGAAAGUUAUGUUAGGCCGAUUUAAUUUUUUAACAGUCUAUGUUAGGACAGAUCAAGAACUGAUUAACUAUUGAUGUAGCUGUAUGUCAACAGAAGCCUAGUAGUCAGACCUAAAUUGAUGGAUUAGGUCAGGGAUGGAGAUCUGAAACCAGCUCAUAUAGGCCUAGUUCAGUUGUUUCAUAUUCCAAAUAGCCUACAUCAAUCUAGACGACUACAUUGCAUCCAGUAAUUGAAUUAUUCAGAAUUUUCUCCACUAACUAAAUUAAGAUGAUGCAAGUUUACAUUUUCACUAGACUAUCCACAUAAAGCGGCUAUUAAUUUGAAUCAUCAUUGGCUACAAUUUUUGAUAUCAUUUAAAACCCUAUUCGCACGAGACUAUUAUUACUAGAGAACAUUGGUUAUGUAUUUAUUACCCCAGAAUGUCCGUUAUUCCAGAGAACGAUUCGGACGGGAUUAGUUUUUCUUUUUUAAACUGCUCCCUGUAAAUCUUUUUUUGUUUGUUUUUAUAAGUUGACAGUUAUGACGGAAGCCUGGAAGUUUUUUUCUUCUAGGCGUGAAUAUAUUUCAAUAAGUCCAGGCUACACUGAUAACUGGAGUUUCUGUCAACCAUACCAACCCGUCUUUGGUAUAGUGUCUUCAUAAUAUUUGAAUUGAGGAAGUGUGAUCAUAAUCAUUAGGAUAAUUUAGCGAUCCGUAGUAGAAGACGUCCUAAAUGGCCCCCCAGCCUUCAGAUGUGAGCUAAACAGCACACUUGCACUUGAUAUGCGUUUUUAUCGAAUCAGUUAAUUACAUUACCGACCUCCCCCAGUAAAACUAAUUCUGUCCGAAUAGAGCUCAAGACUCUAGGUUUCAGGAAAUGGCAUUUACAGGUUUUUCAAAACUGCCAAAUGCUCCAACCUCCUGAGGGGGGAGUUGACUGACCCCCCCCCCCCCCCCCCCCCCCCCCCCCCUCCGGACCUCCCUCCCUACCCAACCUUAGGCCUACAUCAGCACCACCUUGUCAGAAAAUGUGUACAUUUAAACAUUUCUAGUUAGCUACUGAAAAGCAGCCAAUUACCAAGUACCCAUAAGUCUAUAGCAUACCAUUCCUACUGAGGCAGUCUUCUGUCAACAUUAUUAGGCUAAAAAAGGUGCAUUUGCCUAUGAUUUGAGCAGUGUGGGAUUCGCAUGUGUGCCGACGUGGGGCUCCGGAGGUGAUGCUGCCACGCUGAAGUGGUACUCAUACAAAUUCUUAAUGGUUGGCAGGUCUGCCGUUAUAAUCUGUCUCACCAUUGUUUGACCUCCGACCUCUGUUCCAGGCUAAGAACGAGCCUGCUGGGAAGAAGCCUGCUGACAAUAGUGACGCUAAGUCUGGCACCGACAGGAGACACUCCUCAGACUCCAAGUAAGCUCUGAGAACAUGUCAAAGUCAUUACACUUUAAGCUAUAUACUUACUGUAUGUCAUCAGAUACUAGAUUCGUGUUUUUAACUAUUUUCUCUCUCCAGGUCCGAUGCCAACAAGGACGAAAAGGCUGAAGGUGAAGUCGGAAAAGAUGGCAAACGUAAUGAAAGGACAGUGGUGAUGGACAAGUCCAAGGGAGAGCCUGUCAUCAGCGUGAAAGCCAAAAGCAAAGACCGGGUAAGAUACCCAAACGCUGACAUCUAUGCUCCAUCUAUUGAACUUUCACCUCCAACUUUUGUGAAAAAAAUGGUUACGCUACAUGAGCUUUUGUGUUGUUCAAUACAGAGCACCAAGAGUCGCGACCGCAAGUCCCCAAGCAAAGAGAAGGACAUCCUGUCGUUUGACCAGAUCAAGGAGCAGCGUGAGCGGGAGAGACGGCGGCAGCGGGAGAGGGACAUCAGGGAGGUGGAGCGACGCAGGCACUCUGGGUGAGGAGUUGCUAUAGCUGCAAAACAUUUCACCUUAUUGCUAAGAAUGAAGCCAGGUUGUAUUUGUAUUUAUUAGGGAUCCCCACUACUCUUCCUGGGGUCCAAACAUAUUAAAGCACUUACAUAUAAAACAAAAGAGAAAACAGUACGUCAUAACAUUAUUACACCACUACAUAUCUACAAUACAAAAUGUUUAAUGCCACCAUACAACAAUAUUACAAUGUGUGUGCAUAUCUGUACCUUUGUGUGUCUCUUCACAUGCGUAUGCAUGUGUCUGUACUCUGUUAGCUUGUUACAGCAGUUAGAAUGUUUUGAAAAGAGACUGGUCAUUCAAAGUGAUUCCACUAAAUAUCUCCUAUGCUUUCUGAUUGGCCCAGUGAGCGCGGCAGUGGCCCAGACCGUGGCAGCGCAGACAACCGCACUGAGCGUGAGCGUAUCCGCCUGUUCCGGGAGAAGGAGGAGUGCGAGCGCCUCCUGCGGAAAAGAAACUGGCUGGAGGUGGAGAAGGAGCGGCUGAAAUUUGACCGCAUGGAGCGCGAGUUCCUGGAGCGUGAGCGUCAGCGUGUGGAGUACGAGCGCCGGCGUGAGCAGGAGAGGAUCCAACGGGAGAGGGAGGAGCUCCGUAGGCAGCAGGAGCAGCUGCGCUUCGAGCAGGACCGCCGCCCACUCAAGAGGCCCUACGCCGACAUUGACAGCAGGUACACACUUUAUCCCCAUCUGUCCCCCUUUCCCCCCUCUCCACUGCGUCAGUACCCCUGUUUGACUUACCAGGUCUCUAUCAUAAAAUAGAAUAGAUGGCUGGCCACAUAACAACCUCAGCCUUAAUCGAGAUCUUCAGUGUACAUGACUGUCAUGACAAGGUGUGCAUGGUUUGAGAAUAUUUUAUUGCGACUGACAAAGACCUGCUGCUUGUAGGAAAGACGACUGGCAGGACAAGAGGCUGGCUAUGGAUGACCGCUAUGGGGGGCGCUCAGACUUCGCUCGCCAGGAGCGCUACCAAGACAUUGACCACAGGGACCGUGGACGCUACCAGGACGAUGCCGUCAUUGACAGGUACAGAGUAGGCUGAGUAAGGUUAUUUUCCGUGAGCUGACACCAGUUGUAAUGACUGUUUAUGGCGUCUGUUAUGUUAUGUAGGCAUCAUAGAUGCUUAUGUUUACACUUAAAAAGUAGUAUUAAUGGCCAACUGCUUGUUGGUGAUGAAUUUGUGGUUGUAUGCCAUUUUUCGAUCAAUAAUCAAUGUUUGUGUUUAAUAAUGUUUAAUAAUCUGAUCUUUCCUGUAGGAGGGACACUUCACGGGCUGUAGUUGCAGACCGGGAUAGCACAGUAAGAGACAUGGCCUCAUGUAUGCCAUUAGGCACCAAUAUGAGAGUUGUUGAUGUUCAUGUAGUUCCACCUGUUUUACAGCAUUUCGUGCCAUUUUAAAUGUGACACGAUUGUUUGGUUUUAAUCAUGCUUCCCUCAGCAGCACUUCUCGGACCGUACCGAGAGGCAUGGGAGGGACGCCUGGACCGCAGCAGGAAGUUAUGACAAGCGUACUAUUAAUCCGAGGUCAGUUUGAUUUUUAGAUGGUUUUGUCAAGUUAAUUUACCUCUCACCAGAUGGAUACCAAGGUGUGCUCUGAGCUGCUUGUCACUGACUGUCUGUCUGUGGUUUCUUUCAGGGAGGGCCGUGACUGGGACAGAACCUGGCAAACAGGUCGAGACGGGGGCAUCCCAGGCCAAAGUCACAUGGGGGCACGGGGAGGAAUGGCAAGGUAAAUUCAAAUAAAUGGCAGUAUUUACUAUGUUUCUAUCACAAAGGAGACAUACGACAAUUCUGGUCCUAAUGGUGUCUUGUUUUCUGACCCACAGUCGUGGUGGAGGCUACAUGACAACAGGGACCUCCCAGUCCCUCUCUGGAGCUCUGAAUCGUCAGAACCAGAUGAUGCAGGGUGGCGGGGCCUUCGGUCGCCGCUACUGAGGUCUGAACACCCAGUUCCCAGUCACAUGUUUAGAUGUAUUGUGAAACUGUCUGCAGCAUGUAUAUUGCUCACAAAAACUUUGUGAAUUCAGAUGUUGCUUUUAUAGACCCUUUGACUUUUCUUCUUCCCUUUUAAAACUUAACUGCAAUUGAACUUAACUGAACAUCUGAGUUUUAAAUGUCUCUGAUCAGAUCAUUCAUAGCUUUUUCAUUCUGAAUUACCUUUUGUUUUCAAAUUGAAUGGAAUUUAUAAUUUUUCUAUUUUGUGUAUUUUGAGUGUGGUUGUAUCUUGGUAAGAAAUGCUCAGGAAUGCGUCUGCUUAAACGUUUGCUGAAACCUGUGGUGAACUUAGUUGCGGAAAAGUACGAACCCAUUAAUGGUUAUGAUUGCAUUUCGGGCAUAAUUUCAGUAACUGUAAAAUGUGGCGUUGUCUUAGUGUUUAUGUACAAAAAUAUUUUCAGAAUUUGUAUGGACAAUAGGAAACAAUCAACCGUGUUAGAUUCAACUGCAGUUGUACAAUACCACCACUGGAUGGCACCUGAUGUCUAUUUUUCUGUGAGAUGAGAAUGCUGCCUAAUAAAAUGUAUUUUCUUUUUGCAGGGCAAGGGCAAAUUUUUUUGGGGACUUUCUCUUCAUAAUGACCGUUUUAAGAGGAAUGUUGUCCAUAUUAUAACUAUUAACGCAAGUUUAUUAACGCAAGUUUUGUUCGUGGUAGAUAUAACUCCACAAAUCCAAUAGAAUUAGACCUAAGAGCUCAGGACUCCUCAUGCAACCAGAAAACGAUAAGUACGUAAAUCAUCUUGCCCUUGUGAAAUGUGUUGUGUGGGGAUUUUCACCUGCAUACUUGUAGGCUACAUCUUUGGAGCUUAACACUUUACAGACUAUUUUGUUUGACGAUCUUGAUUCAUAAUGAGCUUAUGAAUGUUUUAAGUUAAUUAGUUUGGCAUGAUUGUCUAUCUACUCCGUAGGGCCUAGGCCACACUGAUGUAAACAGUUGCUUAAAAUAUACAUUGUUUUGUUUAUUCCACCUGAUUUUCUCCUAGCCUACCAGCAGUUUUCCCCUCUAGCAGCCUACCAUAACUUUUGAUGUCUCUAACCUGCCCAGUCCAGAGAUUAAAGAUGAAUCUUUGGUCCAGUCAUGGAAUUAGAAUACUACAAUAGACAUGAACCUUCUUAUGGUCUAAAGGUCAGCCAUUCUGGUCAGGGAGUUAGUUACCCAGACAGUUUUAGAGGAAUGAUUCCAUUAAUAUUUAUAAUGAACUGCCAACAUUCCAUUCAAACAAUUGUCAAUCCACAGCUAUACACUGGAUGAAAUCGGUUGAUAGGACAGACAAGUUGUAAAUGCAACAAAUACUGACAUUGUAUCAUAUAAUAGCAAUCACAGCUGUCCAAGAAAACAAACAUUGAGACGUGUGGUCUGUUUGCAUAUUUUAGAGGCUAUAUUGGUAUAAAACCCUUAAACUAUAAUAACAAUUUUAGGUUGACAAUUUU